UUAUAUUCAUGGUCUCGAGCCACGACGGGUCCCACAAAAACAACACGAUUUUUAAAUGCUGACAGUUGUGCUAUCUCCCACCAUAGCACACGUUUUCGAACCAUAUAUUUUGUAUUUUGCUUUAAUUUCGAUUUCGUUCUUGGUGGGUUCCCGCACUUUCUCACUUAAUAACUUAAUUAAAUACACCCUUAUCAAUUAAAAAAUGUACAUAUCACUUAAUAAUGCCCUUUUUUAUGGACUUGUUAUGUGUGUUUUGUGUAACAGUUUAGUUUUUUGCAACAUUUUCAGUGACAAAGUUAGUGUUUCUAAUAAAACGAAAUUUUUGACUGCCGGAAACCCUGUUGAAUCAAUUUUAAAAUCUCUUAGUACAGAGUGUGCGGAAGAUUUUAGUUUUCUUGUAAAAGAGUUUGAAAAUAAGGAAUUAUGGGCUUUAAAAGCCCUGGGUUCUUUUCUAAAUUCCCCAACAAAGGACACGUACAAUUUGGGUAAUUUUGACGAAUGCGUUGAUAUUUUAAGAAGAGAUCAGCAAAAAACUAUCCAAGGUCAAUACUGCUUAAGCGAAGUAUCUUUCAAUGAAAAUGACGGAAGAAGAAUGAUUCUUAAGGAUAAUUAUACACCCGCUGAAAGAAACGAAUUCAAGAAUAACCAUAUAUAUUUAGGAAUUUGCCUACCUUUGACUUGCAGAAGACAAGAUGUUGAAGUUAUUGUUAAAGAAAUGUUUAAUACUUUUAUCGAUGAUGACAUCAAAGACAUUUCCGUUAAAUUGGACGAUGAAAGUUGUUAUUUUAAACAAAAGCAAGUGACCUCAACUGAAGAAAUCAUCUAUGGAUCUAUCAUCUCCUUAUUUCUCUUAUUUAUUCUGUUUUCAACGAUUCUGCAUGUCCUGCACAUCAGGAAAAGGAUGAAAUCGGUUGUAUACAGUGUGGAAAAAAUUAGAGAUGAGAAUAAUACAGUGAAAAACGAAGUUAUAUUCUCUUUUUCUCUGAUUCAAACUGUUGGGAAACUGCUACAGACGAAACCGAAUGAGUUGAACUUGGAAUGUAUUUGUGGGAUCAAAUUUUGGUCUAUGACGUUGAUUAUUAUUGGACACUCUUUGAUUUUUGUGUUUGGUGGACCGGUUGUUAACACUGAUUUUUUUCAAGAAACUUCAACCGAAGUACAAAAUGGUAUUUUUCUAAACAACCCUCUUUUAGUGGAUAGUUUUCUCUUAAUAAGUGGGUUUCUCAUGUGCCAUCUUCUCUUGAUAGAACUGGAAAAACGCAAUGGAAAAAUAAACGUUUUUAUUCUGUACAUCGCUAGAUAUAUUCGAUUAACCCCAGCAUAUUUGGUUGUUAUUGGAUUUUAUAUGACUUGGUUGCCCAGUAUUGGAUCAGGGCCAUUUUGGGACAAAUUUGUUGUUAAAGAAAAGGAGAGAUGCUUAAAAUCUUGGUGGACAAACCUGCUUUAUAUUAACAAUUACGUCCAGACUGACUCUUUGUGUAUGUUUCAAGCUUGGUACUUAGCUACUGACUACCACUUGUUUAUCAUAGCACCCUUUAUAAUUUUCGCGUUAUGGAAAUGGAAAAACGUAGGAUUAUCUUCUCUGGUGUCACUGAUAUUUUGUGCUGCUCUGUUAUCGUUUUAUAUUACUUUGAAAGAUAAUUUGGAUCCUACGUUAAUGGCAUUUCCACCGGAAAUACAAGAUCUAUCUACGAACUUCUACUUUGUUACAUCAUAUAUAAAGACUCACAUGAGAGCUUCAUCCUAUUUUAUUGGGAUGCUUUUUGGAUAUAUUGUACACAGGAUUCAAAUAAGAGCGAUUAAAAUUUCCAAACCAGUUCAAUGGAUAGGCUGGAUCACGACUACAUUAUUUGGCAUCACUAGUAUUUUCUCAAUUGUAGUGUUUUAUAGUCCAAACUAUCAGUAUGACAAUAUUGAAGCAAGUAUUUACGCAAGUCUUCAUAGAAUAAUGUGGUCUCUAUUUGUCGGAUGGGUCAUCACCAUGUGCGUCACAGAAAACGCCAAUUCCGUAAAUAAGUUUCUUAGUUACAAAGCAUUUAUUCCCUUGAGCCGUUUGACGUAUUGUGCCUACCUAAUAAACGGCUUGAUUGAAAUAUAUCACAAAGGGAUAUUGCGGCAACCUCUGCUUUUGACUAAAUUCGACUUGGCUUGCAGACUGUUAGGACACGUAGUAAUAACGUUUUUCUUUGCAUUUUUACUAUGCAUUUGCUUUGAAUCACCUAUACACGGCUUGGAAAAAAUAUUACUUAGAAAAAAAGAUACCAGACCAGAAAAACCAGCAGUACAAUCUACUAUUAUACGAGUUAUUGAGGAAAAUGAAUAAAAAAUACACAAAAAUGA